AGGCAGCCUGCAGGGCCACUGCGGGCUGAUAACUGGACAAAGUCUCCACGUCUCACUAUCCUUGGGCCCUGCUCCCUCCAGCCUGCCAUGAGCCUGCUCAGCUACCUCUUGCCUGCCUUGGUUCUGCUCGUGGCCACACUGUCCCCAGGCAAGACCUGGAUCCCCAGCAACUGCAGGAGCCCCUGUGAGGCCAUGUGCAAUUUCGUGUGCGACUGCAGAGACUGUUCUGAUGAAUCUCAGUGUGGUUUCCAUGGGGCCUUGCCCACUCCAGGAGCCCCCUUCACCUGCAGCUUUGAGCAGGAUGCCUGUGGCUGGCGGGACAUCAGCACCUCAGGCUACAGCUGGCUCCGAGACCGGGCAGGGGCAGUGCUGGGGGGUCCUAGGCCUCAUUUCGACCAUACUCAGGGCACUGAUCUGGGCUGGUACAUGGCUGUGGGAACCCAUCGUGGAAAGGAGGCAUCCACUGCGACUCUGCGCUCCCCUGUCCUGCGUGAGGCAGCUGCCACCUGUGAACUGAGGCUCUGGUACCAUGCAGCCUCUGGAGAUGUGGCUGAGCUACGGCUGGAGCUGACGCAUGGUGUAGAGACACUGACUCUGUGGCAGAGCUCUGGACCCUGGGGUCCCGGCUGGCAGGAGUUGGCAGUGAACACUGGCCGCAUCCAGGGAGACUUUCAAGUGACCUUCUCUGCCACCCGAAAUGCCACACACAGGGGUGCUGUUGCCUUGGAUGACGUGGAGUUCUGGCACUGUGGACUGCCCAUCCCCCAGACCAGCUGCCCACUGGGGCACCACCACUGCCAGAACAAGGCUUGUGUGGCCACCCACCAGCUAUGUGAUGGUGAAGACAGCUGUGGGGACAGCUCUGAUGAGGGACCUCUAACCUGCAGCCACCAUGUGGUCACUGACUUUGAGACAGGCUUGGGCCCGUGGAACCACUCAGAUGGCUGGACCCUGAACCACAAUGCUGGUGGCUCUGUGGGUCCUGCUUGGCCGAGCCGAGACCACAGCCACAAUAGUGCACAGGGCUCCUUUCUGGUCUCCAUGGCCAAGCCUGGCAACCUUGCUGUCCUCUCAAGCCCUGAGUUCCAAGCCUCAGACCCUUAUAACUGCUCGCUCAUUUUCUAUUACUACCUGCAUGGGUCUGAGGCCAGCCGCCUCCAGUUGCUCGUGCAGGCCCUGGGGUCCAGUGACUCCCAGGCUCCUGUCCUGCUGCGGAGCCGCCAUGGGGAGUUGGGGGCAGCCUGGGUCAGAGACCAGGUUGACAUCCGGAGCCCCCACCCUUUCCAGAUCCUUCUGGUUGGGGAGACUGGUCCAGGAGGCGUGAUAGGCCUGGAUGACCUUAUCCUGUCCAACUACUGCAGACUGGUUCCAGAGGUGUCUGUCCCGCAGUCACUGCUUCCUGGGCCCAACACCCUGGUUCCCUGGACCCAGCCAUCCAUCCAGGAGCCCCAGAAUGUCUGCAAGCCUGGGCAUCUCUCCUGCGGGGAAUUAUGUGUACCCCCAGAACAGCUAUGUGACUUCCAGCAGCAGUGCACAGAGGGGGAGGAUGAGCGGGAGUGUGGCACCACAGACUUCGAGUCUGCCUCUGCCGGGGGCUGGGAGGACGCCAGUGUGGGGCGGCUGCAGUGGCAGCGACUAGAAGCCAAGGACAGCAGGGAGCCUUCCAGGGACACCAGCAGGGCUUCUGAUGGACACUUCCUAUCUCUGCAGAAGGCCUGGGGUCAGCUAAGACCUGAGGCCCGGACCCACACACCCACCCUUGGCCCCUCUGGCCCCAGCUGUGAGCUCCACAUGGCUUAUUAUUUUCACAGUCACCCCCAAGGUUUCUUGGCACUGGUUGUGGUGGAGAGAGGCUCCCGGGAGCUGCUGUGGCAGGCUCCGAGCAGCAGCAGUGGGAAAUGGACGGUGAACAAGGUUCUCCUUGGAGCACGUCCCCGGCCCUUCCAGCUGGAGUUCAUCGGUCUGGUGGACUUCGACAGCCCUGGCCAGCAGGGGGCUGGUGUAGACAAUGUGACCUUGAGGAACUGCAACCCCACAGUGACAGCGGACAAUGACCAAGAGGUCUCCUGUAACUUUGAACGAGAUGAGUGCAGCUGGCACACAGGCCACCUCACAGAUGCCCACUGGCACCGUAUAAAAAGCUUUGGUCCAGGAUACGACCAUACUACUGGCCAAGGUUUUUUCAUGUUCAUGGACCCCAUGGACCCCCUUGCCCGUGGCCAAGGUGCCCACUUGCUCACCAGGCCCCAGAUCCCAGCUGUCCCCAAGGAGUGUCUCAGCUUCUGGUACCACAUGUAUGGGCCCCAAAUUGGGACACUGCGUCUGGUCUUGAGGAGAGAUGGGGAGGAAGGCACACAACUGUGGACCCGGUCAGGCACCCAUGGCAACCGCUGGCACCAGGCUUGGGUCACCCUCCACCAUCAGUUAGAGCCCAGCACUAAGUACCAGCUACUGUUCGAGGGCCUCCGGGAUGGGUACCAUGGCACAAUGGCACUGGAUGAUGUGGCUGUGCGACCCGGUCCUUGCUGGGCCCCCAAAAGAUGCUCCUUUGAGGACUCCGACUGUGGCUUCUCCCCGGGCGGCCAAAGCCUGUGGAUGCGCCAGGGCAAUGCAUCAGGCCAAGCCCCCUGGGGUCCCUGGUCAGACCACACCACAGAGACAGUCCAAGGAUACUACAUGGUGGUGGACACUAGCCCGAAUGCACUGCCCAAGGGCCAUGUAGCCUCUCUGACUUCAGAAGAGCACCAGCCCCUGGCACAGCCUGCAUGCCUCACCUUCUGGUACCACCUGAGCCUCCACAAGACAGGUACUCUGCGGGUCCAUGUGGAAGAGGGCACAAGGCGCCAAGUGCUCAGCAUUAGUGCCCACGGUGGGUUUGCCUGGCGCCUAGGCAGUGUGAACGUGCAGGCUGAGCGGGCCUGGAGGGUGGUGUUUGAGGCUGUAGCCAUGGGCGUGGAGCACUCCUACGUGGCUCUCGAUGACCUUUUCCUCCAGGACGGGCCCUGUACACAACCAGGGUCCUGUGACUUUGAAUCUGGCCUGUGUGGCUGGAGUCACCUGGCCUGGCCCAGCCUGGGCAGUUACAGCUGGGACUGGAGCAGUGGAGCCACACCAUCCCGCUACCUCCAGCCCACAGUGGACCACACUCUGGGCACAGAGGCAGGUCACUUCGCUUUCUUUGAAACCAGCGUGCUGGGCCCCGGGGGCCGGGCAGCCUGGCUGCGCAGUGAGCCACUGCCAGCCACCGAAGCCUCGUGCAUCCGCUUCUGGUACUACAUGGGCUUUCCUGAGCACUUCUACAAGGGAGAGCUGAGGGUGCUCCUCAGCAGUGCCCGGGGCCAGCUGGCUGUGUGGGGCGAGGGCGGACGCCUGCAACACCAAUGGCUGCAAGUACAGAUCGAAGUGGCUAGCACUGAAGAAUUCCAGAUUGUGUUUGAAGCAACUCUGGGUGGCCAGCCAGCCCUGGGUCCCAUUGCCCUGGAUGAUGUUGAGUACCUGGCUGAACAGCAUUGUCAGCAGCCGACACCCAGCCAAGGGGACGUGGCACCUCCUUUGUCAGUGCCAGCCGCUGUUGGGGGCGCCCUCCUCUUCCUUGUGCUUCUCAUGCUUCUGGGCCUCGGAGGCUGGCACUGGCUGCAGAGGAUGGGCUGUCCCUUCCGGAGGGGCGCAGACACAGCAACCUCGGGCUUUGACAACAUCCUCUUCAAUGCGGAUCAAGUCACCCUCCCGGCACCAGCAUCUGCCACCAGCAACCCAUAGACUGCACCAAAUAAGGACUGGCCUCUCAUGCAAACACCUUCAUCACUCAGACCUCAGUGGACAUCUGACCUUCUCUCAGGCUAUGGGGCUUGGGAGACACUCUGAGUUUCCAUGGUUUUCCCUCUUCCCCCGUCUUUGC